GCGAUGGGACGCACGCCGCCCGCCCCGGCGAGUUUCACACCACGCGCGAUCUCGCGGCACAGGUGAACCGUGACCGAAUCUAAUGUGAACGCGGCAAAAUGACUCUUUUUCUACAUUUAUACUGUGUGAUAUGGAUAGCGGUACUGCUGUGCUGCACCACGACAGGCCGGGAAUUACCCACUGGACAAAAUGUAGUAUCCGUAGCACCUAUAGAAGUUCCAGACGAAACAAUGUAUCCGAGAUUCGCGGAGCCAAUACCGAACGUCACAGUGACGAUAGGUAGAGACGCGUUGUUAGCGUGCGUCGUCGAAAAUUUGAGAGGAUUUAAGGUGGCCUGGGUGAGGAUGGAUACUCAGACAAUACUGAGUAUCCACCACAACAUAAUAACGCAGAAUCCCCGGAUAAGCCUCUCGUAUAAUGACCAUCGGUCCUGGUACCUCCAUAUAAAGGACGUGCAGGAGGUUGACCGCGGCUGGUACAUGUGCCAGGUCAACACUGACCCGAUGCGGUCAAGGAAAGGAUACUUGCAAGUUGUAGUGCCACCAUCAAUCAUCGACAACAUGACGUCGACCGACAUGGUGGUGCGCGAGGGCUCCGAUGUGACCUUGGUGUGUCGCGCUUCCGGGUACCCGGAGCCCUACGUCAUGUGGCGGCGCGAGGACGGGCAAGACUUCAACUACAAUGGAGAACAAGUCAGCGUCGUGGACGGGGAAACUCUGACCAUAACCAAGGUCUCCCGACUGCACAUGGGAGCGUACCUCUGCAUCGCGUCCAAUGGGGUUCCCCCUUCCAUCAGUAAACGGAUCAUGCUGAUGGUGCAAUUUCCACCGAUGCUGUCCAUUCCAAACCAGUUGGAAGGUGCGUACAUCGGGCAAGACGUCACUCUGGAGUGCCACACGGAGGCAUUCCCCUCGUCCAUCAACUACUGGACCACAGAUAAAGGAGACAUGAUCAUUUCCGAAAUGGAAAUUGUAGGUGGGAAGUACGAGGCGUUUCCGACAGACAGCGGCUACAAUAAGUACAUGAUGCUCAAGAUAAGGAACAUCACUAAAGACGACUUCGGGUUCUACAAGUGCAUCGCGAAGAACUCUCUGGGGGAGACCGACGGCAUCAUAAAACUUGACGAAAUACCUGCUCCACCGUCUGCCCUGACCACAACACAGAAAUCUAUAUUAGACAACCAGACGAUCAGAAAAAAAGAUAAAUACCCCGCCGUGCAAAGAAAUGACGUCAUCAGUUCAAAUUUCCAAGGUGGAGCUUACGUUGAGCAGAUGAAAGACUAUGGUAAUUUGAAAAAACUUUUUAAAAUAGAAUUCGGCGACGAGAACUCAGCUUCCCCAAGGCAAUUGAGUCACAUUUUAUUUUCCGUUUUAUUUUGUCAUAUAAUAAAUCUAGCAAGAUACAGUUUUAGGUCCUGAUUACCUCGGUCCAAAUAAUUCAGUUUACUUUCUUGUUAAUAUAAGACAA